AUGUCACAUGGGCGCGUCGUUUUAUCAAGUGCGUUGGAACUUGGGAAACGCGGUGCAGAGAACAGCCAUGAACAACCUAAGAUUUCUGCACAAGCCGAAGAUAGCAAGGGAAUGGUGGUGAUUGUUGUUGAGGAAAUGGUGAUUGUUGUUGUUGAGGGAAUGGUGAUUGUUGUUGCUGCUGAGAAAAAUCCCUCCGUCCCUAUGCCGAUUUCACGGCCUUCAUCACCUUCACCCUUUCACACUACGGGUAUUAUCAUAUCUGAUGAUGACGACGAAUCCGACUUGGCUCUUUCUGUUGCUGGAAUUGUGCCGCUUGACUGCCCAGUCAUUAUCAACGAUGUGGUGAGACUGCAACUGGGACCUUUGCCUCAGAAAGAGUCCAGAUGGUUCGUAAUUGACGUUGACGUUUCUGAGAAAUGGCACUUAUUCAAGGAGACGUGGCCAAGGCGCAAGCACCUCCAACGAGAGGAGAUCGUGAGAGAUACGGCAGUUUCAGAAUUGCAAACACUCACGGUUGGUCGUGCCUAUGAGGAACGCGCGGUUAUUAAGACCGUUAUGAAAAUAGUGCCAAGAGUCACGUUGAAGUCCUCCGUUGGAGAAAUAGAACUAUGCACCACGUACAUCGAUCCGGUUCUCGGCCCAGUUUUCGCGGAUCCGGACCGUGGUGUAUUUUUGCGGUCUAACAAAGAAGCGCCAGAAUCCAAAAAUCGAAAGCUAACAGGCAGAUCCAAGCAGCCUGACGCCUUCUUAAAACUUCGUAAUGGUGGCUCACAUUGGAUUCAUCCGAUACGAUACUCACCUCAGGGAUAUGGAGAGGCGAAAGUGCAGGAAGAGAUGGACAACCUCUACAGCCUUUGCACUGAUCUUGUCCGGGUUGCCGUGUUUAAUAAAGACGCUAUCGACUUUUAUAACAAGAACUGCAUGCUCGGAUUUCAAGGCGGCAUAUCACAUUUUACCUCACCACUCUUAUAUGACGGCCUGUACGUUAUGGUGGAGGCUGGUCAUAUCGAUGUGCCCAUGUCACUUGAGCAACUGCCUGCCUUCAUCGACACGCUCCUCGUUGUCUCCAAUGCGUUAUGGACUAAUUGUGAUACGUCUCGCCCUGCUGCGGAAAUGGAGCCAAACAAGCGCAACACCAAACUUUAA